UUUAUCAGAUCCCUCUUCUUCUCCUCCCCCACUGAGAAACGGAGAGAGGGUUUUUAGAGAGAGAAAGGAGAGAGAGAGAGAGAGAGAGAGCAGAUCCUCUUCAAGAGAGAACAACAGAGAGAGCCUUCAGAUCCCAUUUCCUUUCUGAUUUUAUCGGUCCAGAGAGGGAGAGAGAGAUGUCAUGGUUUGCAAGGUCUCUGGCCUCCCCUUUCAUGGACGACCCACAAUCCUCAGAAGAAGGAACGAUAGACUCCUCCUCUCCUCCAUCAAAGGGCGUCAAAGAAGAUCUCUCUCAACUCACCAAAACCUUCACUCGCCAGCUUCGUGGUGUUGCCUCCUUUCUCGCUCCUCCUCCUCAAACCACAACCACUUCUUCUUCAUCGGAGGGCCCUACUCAAAACCCUAACCCUAAUCCAAACCCUGAUUCUGGCUCUGAUUCAUCUAACCUUAGCGCUGAUACAAAUCCUAACCCCAAUUCUCCUAGGCUUGGUGGGAUCAGGAACGAUCUCUUUGAGAUUGGGGGAAGUUUCAAGGCUGGGUUUUCUCGACUAUCGAGCAAUAAGGCGGUGACUGAGAUCUCACGAUUUGCAUCGAAUCUGUUACCUCUUGGUGAUGAUGAAGAUGAAGAGGAUGUUGAUGCCAAUGGUGGUGAUGAGAAAGCUAGGGAAGCAGUGGGGAUUACAGAGGAGGUGUUGGCUUUUGCAAGGAAUAUAUCAAUGCAUCCUGAGACAUGGCUCGACUUUCCUCUCUUUGCUGAUGAUGAAGAUUCUGAUGAUUUUGACAUGUCUGAUGCCCAACAGGAGCAUGCUUUGGCUGUUGAACGUCUAGCUCCAAGGUUGGCAGCUCUCAGGAUUGAGCUUUGCCCUAGUCAUAUGAGCGAAGGCUGCUUUUGGAAGAUAUACUUUGUUCUGCUGCAUUCUAGGCUCAAUAAGCAUGAUGCUGAUCUCUUGUCAACGCCUCAGAUUGUUGAGGCCAGGAGCAUGCUAAUGCAUGAGCUUCAAAACCGGACAAAGAAGGCCUCUGAGGGCUUAGACAGAAGCCCACCCCAUGUCCAAGAAAGCAUCAAUUUGGAGCCCCAAGAUAAGCCUGCUGCCACCUAUCUCGAACCCACUAGCUCAGGCCCUAUGGACUCUCAAACCUUUGAAAAGCAAACUGAGCCAAUUGAUACUAGGGUUGUUGACAAAUCAGUUAUAGAAGAAUCACCUGUAAUCCAAAAUAAAGGGGUUCUAAGCUCCACUUUGAAGGUUUCAUCUGAUCCCAAAUUCGAAGAUGGGGAUGAUUGGUUAGAGGAAGAAGAAGGUAAUGAGAUGGGGGGCUCAGUUGGGAUAAAGGCUUUAUUGGGUAAUGAAGAGGAUGUUUCUUUCAGUGAUCUCGAAGAGGAAGAGGAUACUAUUGCUGCUCCUUCGGGUUCUAGGGCAACGGGUGCGAAUGCUUUGGGUCCUUCAUCUGCUAGGGUUACGAGAGACUGGGUACAGCUGAACAAUAGCUCAAGUGAAGAGGAAAGAGAAAAGGUUUCGGGUGGGGGUAAGGCUCGAGGGGGUUCAGAUACCGGAGAGGGGAGUGACUGGCUAAGGGUCGACGAGGAUGAUGUGGUGUGAAUGCGAAGUGUGAAAAGUUAAAGUGAUCUCUCUCUCUAUUCAUACACGCACAGAGUGACUAAGUGACACCAGUUAAAGUUCAUUGUCGUUUGUAUCUAUCACCAUUCCCACACACUCUAGCUUCUGUUAUUUUAUUGAGCUUAUGACAUGCUGCUCUGUAAGGUGCUGUAAAUAUUCCUCAAUUUCAUUUGUUUGGGUUCUCCUUCAUGGGACGUUGGAACCUCUGAACUCCAUGUUCGCAUGCUUCAUUUUGUGACUUAUAGAAGUUGCACAAGCUGGUUUACUGCUA